AUCCCCCCCCCUUGGUCUCUCCCUGCCGGUUGGCUCCGCGGGCCAUUCUCAGGGUGCCGGCGGACAGGCGGACCGAGAGAGGGGUGGGGAGAGGCGGCCUCUUUCCCAGGCGCGCUCCUGUACGCAGGCUCCGAGGCCGGCUCCUCCCUGACCCUCCAAGGGCGACGGCGGCAGAGGGGCUCUCCUGUCUCGCCGGCAUCUCCAGCCUCAUGGAGGCGAGGCCGGGCAGCACCGGCAGCGGCGGCAGCGGCAGCAAGCAGAGCCGCCCUCGGGGGCUGGAGCUCCGCAGAGGCAGGUGAGCCUCGGCGCCCCUUGGAGCGCCCAGCCCGCAGCAGCCCCGAGUGCCGCGAAGAGGUCCGGGGGUGCAGGAACGGGAGGAAGGAUGCCCGAGCGUGCUCCCAUGAUCCGAAGCGAAGUGACUCUGGAUUGCAUAGGAAUAUGACCCUUCCGAACUCAAGGGCUUAUCCUGGUAUUCAGAACAGACCUGAGGCCUUGGAACAUAAGACGAGCCCUGAAGUUGGGUCGGGCCAAAGGCCUAUGCAGAUUUCCAGGAUGCCUGUUUGGGCUUGAACUAGGACCGAUUCAGUGCUGUGGGUGCAGCUGUGCUUUGACAGGGGCCAGACGCUGGCCACUGUUCCUGCCUCCCGCUUAGGGGGUGUAACUGGUUCCCGAUGGCUUCUCAGGGGACCCCCAAGGACUCUUACAAAAUGCAGCUGCCUAGGUGUGCCCUCUUGGGUUUCCUUUUCUGCAUACUCAGGUUCCAUUGUGUGGGGAUCAUCUUCUUCCUCCUUGGCCUGGGAACUCUCCUGCCCUGGAACUUCUUCAUCACAGCCAUACCGUAUUUUCAGUCUCGGCUCAUUGUGGGGAACUGCUCAGCUGGCAAGGAGGAGGAUGGGAACUGGACAGGCCUGGGACUUGAACCCUCAUCCCACUGCAGUGAUGACUUUAACUUCAGCAACUGGCUGACUCUUCUUUCCCAGCUGCCUCUGCUCCUCUUCACCCUUCUCAACUCCCUCCUCUACCAAUGCAUUCCAGACAAAGUGCGAAUCCUGAGCAGCCUGAUCGGGAUCCUGCUCCUCUUUGUGCUGACGGCCGUCUUGGUCAGGGUGGAGAUGCCGGCCCAGAGUUUCUUCUCCAUCACCAUGGCAAGCGUCUGGUUCAUUAACUCCUUCUGCGCCGUCUUGCAAGGCAGCCUCUUUGGGCAACUGGGAUCCUUCCCCCAAAGCUACAGCACUCUCUUCCUGAGCGGCCAAGGAAUGGCUGGGACCUUCGCAGCCACCGCCAUGUUGCUCUCCAUGGCCAGUGGCGUGGAUGCUCAGACCUCCGCUUUGAUCUAUUUUGUCACCCCCUGUGUUGGGACCCUGAUCUCGAUCAUCUGCUAUAUCUUGCUGCCCCACAAGGAUUUUGCUCGCCACCACCUGCACAGGAGAGCCCAGGAAGAGCCAGGCUAUGAGCUGGAGACCAAGGCGGGGCUUCUUUCCCCUGAGGAUGGCCUUGGCCCCGUGCCGGGUGCCACCCAAGGAGGAGAGCCGCUGAGCUUGAGCAAUGGGAUUGCCAUCGCCCUGGAGCAAGAAGACUCAAAAUGCCCCCUGGAGAUUAUGAACGGGAGCAAUGGGGCAGGCCUGCCUCCCCCGAAACCGUCAGUCCUAGGUGUGCUCAGGAAGAUUUGGCAGAUGGCCCUCUGCAUCGUCAUGGUCUUCUCCAUCACUCUGUCUGUGUUUCCCGCCAUCACUGCCAGUGUCGCCAGCACGUCGGAGAACGAAACCUGGAGGAAGUUCUUCACUCCUGUCUGCUGUUUUCUUCUGUUCAACGUCAUGGACUGGCUGGGCCGCAGCGCUACCUCCUAUUUCCUCUGGCCAGAGAAGCAUCUUCGCCUGCUCCCUGCGGUGGUUGGGCUCCGCCUGCUGCUCGUCCCACUCCUGCUUCUGUGCAAUGUCCCCCAGCGGGAAUACCUGCCCAUGCUCUUCCGCCAGGAUGCCUGGUUCGUCCUCUUCAUGGUCGUCUUCUCCCUCUCCAAUGGCUACUUCGUCUCCCUCACCAUGUGCCUGGCGCCAAAACAGGUGCAACCACAUGAGAGCGAAUUGGCAGGAGCCAUCAUGACGUUUUUCCUGGCGUUGGGUCUCUCUUGUGGAGCUGGGCUGUCCUUCAUCCUCAAGGCCUUGCUCUGAUGUCCAGGACUUGCUGGACCUCGGCAA